AUGGGUUCCUAUAAAUCAUGUCAAGACAGGACAGGAAGUGGAGGCAGUUCAAGCUCGACAGAUACGGAUGGCUCUAUCCAAACAAAAAGCACAACACCAACGCUAUUCAGUGCUGGCACUGUUUCAGCGAAGCCCCGUCAUUGGCACGAAGAGUUUGAAGAUGAUGGACCUCGGGAUUCGGUCUCAACUUAUGCUUCGACUACCCGAUCUGCGGCCGACAUCCCCCCAGAAGAGCCAAUGUAUGAAGUCAACGACCGCCAAGAAAGCUUCUUCCCAACUGAUGCACUCUCCUCAACACCAUCAUCUUUUGCAACAUUAUUCCCCUCAACACGGAGAUUACUCAUCCGACAUGACGAUGCGACGAUUGAUGGGAACAUGAACUUACGUGUAGACACGGUCGUUCCCCGCCGUGGCGGAUACCAACAAGACGUGAUCCUCUUCCAUCUCCGCAUGUACGAUCUCUUCUCACGAAAGUUCUCCUUCCGUCGGUACUGCCGUGACUCGGGCCGAGAAGUGUGUCAUUCAACGCGGAAGGAAACGACCUCUGUGCUCGACAGCUGUUCGGGACAACGACGGCGCUCAUUGAGUAGCUUACUAGCCAGUUUUCGACCGGGGUCCAGUGGAAACCCAGCGCCAUUCGUGGGUGAUCUCAAGCGCCAUAAUUCAGGAUUCGAGAAGCAACAUCACCGCACAACGAGCGAUGAAGGAGGAUCGAUGAGUGAGAAGGGACCAGCGCUCGGGGAUACCAUUCUGAUGGAAUUCUCCAACUAUGCUCAUGUAGAACUUCGACGGAAGGGCCCUGGUGCGACGAAACGGUACGAAUAUGAAUACUGGUCCACAAAGUACCAGUGGCGGCGCGAGUUCCGGAAAGAGGGCGAUCUGCGUGAAGUGUCGUACUACCUCGUUGAUACGCGCACAUCCAAGACAAUCGCCCACAUGGUGCCGGAGAUCCUCACACCCCUGGAAGCCGUCGAGGAAGAAAGUAAAGGUGGCUGGGUACCACCCUGUUCGUUGUGGAUCAGCGACACAUCCGUUUAUGAAAAGAUGCCUGACAUUGCCGAGUAA